GGUUCGGUCCGGAGACGGACCAGAAGGAUCGCAGUCUGCUGUACGAUGGACAUAAUCUUGACGAGACGCCGUUGAUGUUCUUUGAAAGAGCUGAGAUUGCAGGCCCGAAAGAACACCUGUGAGCGGACUCGCACAAACAUCCAUCACGAUGGUCGCUCAGGGCGUGUCAACAGCGCCAGCGAAAGAGUACCAAGCGAUCGCCAGUCGCGCACAGCAAAGCGUGCUUGACUCGCUACCGGCACAAUGCAGACUAUCUUCGACGGCGAAGGCUGAUUUGCUCAGCAACCUACCAAGCGCAGUUGAAGACUGCGGCUUGCUGGGGCCUAAGCAGUUGGAGAUUACUUCCCUGACUGCUUCGGUACUCCUACAGCGUAUUCAUGCACGGGAGCUUACUGCCGUCGAAGCGACCGAGGCCUUCUGUGCGCGUGCCGCGAUAGUUCAUCAGCUGGUCAACUGUCUCGUCGACUUCUUUCCAGAUGAGGCCAUCGCAUCCGCCGCUGCUCUUGACAAAGAGCUGGAGAAGACGGGCAAGCCCGUCGGUCCGCUUCACGGCCUACCCAUCUCGAUCAAAGAUAUCAUGAAUGUCAAGGGGCACGUGACAACUAUGGGCUUCACGGCUUGGUAUCACAAUGAACCUGCUUCGUCCGAUGCUUCUGUAGUCAAGGUGAUGCGCGAUGCAGGCGCGAUCAUCUUCGCUCGUACGACCUGUCCGCAGUCGGGUAUGGCACUUGAGACCGUGAGCAAUCUCUGGGGUCGCACAUUGAAUGCCAUCAAUCCGGACUUUGGGUCCGGUGGCUCGUCUGGUGGUGAAGCCGUUCUUACGGCACUAAAAGGAACGCCUGCAUCUCCAUUGAGUACUGACAUAGGCGGGAGCAUCCGGGGGCCAGCUGCGUUCAAUGGAUUGUACGGUAUGCGACCUAGCCACGACCGUGUGCCGAGGACAGGGUUGGUACAUCCUGCGCUCGGCAAUGUUUCGAUCAAGAGCGCUGCAGGACCGGUGUGUCACAGUAUGGAGGACCUUAAGCUGUUCAUCAAGUUAAUCGUCACGCAUCCAACGAUGCCGUACGAGACGAGUUGCAUACUACCCUUCUGGGACGAUUCAGCGUCGGCACCGAAGAAACUACGAGUAGGCCUCAUGACGACCGAUGGGGUUGUAGAACCACACCCGCCCGUUCAGCGCGCACUCCGCGAAAGCGCAGCCAGGCUGCACGCUGCCGGUCACGAAGUCGUGGAUUUUAGAGCUCCUUUCGACUGUUGGCAAGCGGCAAUGACGACGUUUGCGUUAUACUUCCAGACCGGCGCGAAAGAGGCCAAAGCUCUACUGGAAAUGGCCGGAGAGCCACCUAUACAUCAAUUCGACUACAACCUCAAGAUCUUCGGUGUCAAGGAGCUCACUGCGCCCGAGAUCUUCCACCAUAGCCGACAGCAAGCGGCGUGCAAGGCGCGUUUCCAGCAGGCUUGGGACGAGGCGAAGAUAGACUGUCUGCUGUGUCCGGUUGCGCCGCAAGCGGCAGUACCGCACGACUUUCCGGUCUGGUGGGGUUACACCAGUCUCUUCAAUCUGUUGGACUAUCCGUCUGUGGUGAUGCCGGUGAAGGGUGUGAAGGUCGAUCAGAAGCUGGACGAGAAGGACGCGAGCUAUCAGCCGCGCGACAACCCGUUUGACCGGCCGAAUUGGGAAAUUUAUGACGCCAAGCGGUGGAAAUCACAGCCUGUGUGCGUGCAGAUUGUGGGGAGGCCUUUUCGAGACGAAUACCUGAUCGCCGUGUCCGAAGCGAUGGAUACUGUUAUCAACCCCAGAUAGAGCAGUCACUUGGCCUCCAGUCAGC